AUGGGACGGGAACAGUUCCCAGGCGUCUGUCAAAAACAUGGCAUUGAGGCCAAACCAAAGACGACACUGUACUUCGUCUCUGUGGACCCGCACAGCUCGACCACAUACUGGGCCUCCCUCGUGGAGUUUCCUUUUCAGUCUACUCCAGUAUGCCUCAAUGGCAUUGGUGUGCCGUCCGGUGGUAGGUUCCUUGAAGUUCUUUGAGUGGGAAGACGAUUAUACGCCUUCCACUCGUCCGUUACCACUAUACUGCCUUUGGCGACCCAUUUUGUAAUAACGGAACGGAGAGCGGACCAACAUCGUUCAUUCACCUGUUCAAAUAAGGCCUUCCGUCGGCUUGUAUCGUACAUCCCGACCAGCCACCGCCCAUAAAACCCCUUUUAUCACCUGUCCCGUAAGACAGGCUGCUUUGGUUAGGCGGAUUUUUUGGGUGCCAUCUCCCGAUUGUUAUCAAGAGUCCUAAGGCUAAAUGGGACGAGUGAGUUCCGUAGCACGAUCAGUGAAUACUCUCCUACCAGUUUUGCUAAUGUGACGACUCCCCUUUGCAUUUCGAAAACCUACGGCUGAUUGUAUGUUAAGUAUCUUUAAAAAUCCUAUGACCUGCUUCCUUCAACAAACUCCUUCUGUUUUUAUAUCAAACGCCCUCAACUGCCUGUUUUUAUUACUGCUCCUGAUUUCUCAGUUCUGUGAAAUGUCAUUCAUUUACAUGGAUCCUACGCAAACGUAUUUUCGCGCCGCAAUUCCUCUGCAGUGCAGUCCUAACAUAACCUCGAAUUUCAGCCUCCAGCAGUUUUGUUGCGCACCUCUUACUUCCUUUUGACAGUUUCACUCCCCACUUCAUCCGAGACAACAAUCUAAGUAGCCCACGAAAACUGCUGUCCAAGAAUGCCGCUGAGAUAUUUCAAUAUGUUGGCGAGCUAAACGGGCUAAGGAAAUACUGGCCGUAUAGGGGUGCAAUUGUUCAGAUUGUGUCUACCGUAAUGAGGUAGGUGAAGAAUUCAGUAUGUCCACCUUUCGUUCAUUAACCAGGCUAAGUGUGUGGCAGAAGAAAAUAGGCUCUCCGGAACAGGUUUAUUUAACUGCUGACGUUUCAAAGAGCUGGGUCGGCUCUUCAUUGUCAAAGCGUAAACUGCACUUGAUCGACCAGAAAUCCCAAGUGGCGUGUCACGUUGGUCGGCCUCGUGCUGAUCGAUUUUUCUCUCCUCUCGCUGCCUCGGCCUCUCGGGGGGUGGUUAGCGGGCGUUUUGUCUGCUUGCUUUGUGAGUCACCACUUCGUCGGGGGGGGGGAGCUGAUUGAACCUUUGUCGGGUGGUCGGUCUGGUGAUUCUUGUUCUUCCUCACCGAGUAAGCUCAGCGUCGGGCUAUCUCCGUGGCAGCCGCAAUUGUUGUCCGGACAGAGAUAGGCAGUACAUUUGACCCAAUCGCGAAAAAUUCUGUUGUCUCAGUGAGGAUUUGAAGCCAUGACAGCAGGUGCAAUCCCCCAACGCUCUAACCACCUGAGCUAUGAGGCGCCAUCGGUAACCGUGAGUUUGAUUGCAUUUGCGUUACAUGAAUAAUUCAAGUCUGUCAAACUCACAAGUUUAUUGGGUGAGCCUCCUGGAUUCUAGAUGGAUUGUUUGGGUAGUCAGCUUACUGUAUCAGAAUUAGAAGAUCCCAUACGUUACAGUAGGCUGGGCGAGUAACGUGAUUGAAAUCGCAGCUCCUAGUGGGGCCUUUUAAUUUAGGCGGUUAGUGCGUUGGCUGCACUUUAGCUCUGACCUUGCCGUCGUGGGUUCGAAUCUGUGGUAAUCAAGGAUGUGAGAUCAACUUAAAUCACGCACCAUAAGUUCGUUUCGUCAAAUGUCAGGAGUCAGGGCGCUGUGAGGACUAGUUUACUCUGUACACAGGGCAGGUUGCCGUAAGUUGGCUGUUUGCUUGCGAUAGAGAUAAGCGUCCGUUCACGGAGAGUGUGAGUCGCCGUGCUUUGUUUACGCGAGAGUGAGUGUCUGGGUCAGCAGGAGGAGGGGUGACUGGCUGAGUGUCGGUCCUGUGAUUGGACAAAUUAGGGGAGGAAUGGAGGGCGCAUGCUCACAAGGCCUCAUGGGUAUCAAGCCAGAGCGUUCGACGCGUGUGAGGUGAUGAAAGCUUGUAAGGUCAGGCGAGAGUCCCUGAAGUUGGACCGGAGGUGUCUGAGUGUUAGCCGGCGGGGGUGGCCGUGUGUCAACAGUUGUCGCGGCCAUCUUUCGACAAAACGCAGCUGACGAAAAAAGGGGGACUGUAGCGGCUGCUACAAAUCCCACCGAAGCCGCCGAGUUUUUUACUAUUGGUGUAGAUCGUUUAUCAACAGUGCACCUUUUUUUCCAAUUCUUGGCAAGAUGUGGUUAUGUAGCCCCACCUCGUGGACACAAUGCUGUUGGGGUUUGGGUUAGGCUUAGGGGUUAUGGCAGCUAUUCUCAACCACUCAAAUUACAGCCGUGCAUCCCCGACAGCUUUUCUCUUGCAUCCAACUACUUGACCUCCUCGCCUGUCCGUUCCCCGGUUCCACCUAUAAAAACCCCUAUUACCACCGGUCCCGUAUUACAGGUGCCUGGGGUUUGUUUACUUCAGGUAGGGCUACAUAACCACAUCUGACCCAAUUCUUCAUAAGUCAGCUAUUGUCUGCUGCACUUCCAUCAUAAACCAACCAAAAUGUGUUUUUUUACCGAUGACGUCAUCGAGUGUGCGCACAAGAACUGCCCACUUGACGGAGAUAACACCAUGGUACUCAAAAUUCGUGAAACAUUGUACUCCGUACGUGGUACCAUCACAACCUCACUUAUGUACACUUGCUUACUUGAAGACUCACAGUAGCUGGCCUAUCUCAUGUAAUGUCAAUGGAAAUUCUAAAAUGCGUCUUCAAGAGGUUGAAAUACCGAUUAUCGUGCAACAUAAUCAGUCAAGCCAGGAUGCCGACUUUUGAGUGAGCCUCUCUUCGGACGUUUACAAAAACUGCACGCAAUGAAGGUGACUACUUAAACUGCAUGAUUUUCGGUCUCCUUAUAAACUUCAACUUAUUUUAUAGGACCCAUUCGGAAAGUAUUCUUUCUUGUGUUCACUUGAUGAAAACUUACACCUGCUUCAAACAUAUUGUUCGGGGAAAGGGUGCCUUGCGGUCUUAAAAGUUUUUACUUUCCGAAUAACUUUGAACCCAGCCAGCCGUUGCACUUACGCUUAGGGUUUCAGAACACCCUGCUGUUUGCUUUACGUGCAAAGGAAAUCGCAUAUUUCUACACUAUUUUGAUACCAUAUAGUGCGCCUGAAAUUCUGUGACAGAUGUGAACUAUAUUGUAUGCCCCAUAUGCGACACUACCAGACGGGCGGAUGCGAUGCUGUACAAUUGGACAUUUCACGGCCUCAAAAAAUUUCAGCUUAAAACUUUAAAAAACCGAAAGAUAUCCAUUCUCCAAAGUCCAAAUCUGAAAAAAAACACAAUGUUCUAUUAAAUGAGUACAAGAAGGCAUAUUUUUAUGCAUAUUUUGUUCAAAAUAUAUUUUAAUUGAUAUGGACAUCGAAAAUCAGCGGGGAAAUUCAUGGCAUUUAGGUAGUCCUUUUUGCCGUGUGGGGUUUUUGCUGACAAAGUGAAUGGAACUCGUUCAAAAGCCGGCAUUCUGGCUUGACUGAAAUAUGUGUGGGUCAUGCUGCACGGUAAUCAAUAUUCCGAUGCCACCAAAGUAAUCCUUUCUUAUGGGAAAGACACUUCAGAAUUCCGAUUAACAUUUCAUGAGAUAGGUCAUCUUAUUCUAGGUUUCAGUCAGUUCUCGAAGGGUAAAGAGAUGUGGCCAGAUUGAGUCCAAUAAAAGAAAACAAGACAGACAAGCCCGAGACGCCGGUAGACUAUUGCACUUUUUCGAAAUUUCUAAACAGAACUACUAGAAGAAAAAGAUACAGGGGUCUGGCGUACCGUUUAACAUCGUAGUAUCUCUAUGGGAUUUAAACGGUAUGCUGCAUGCCAAAUGAGGACAGCGUCGGAUGGACUUUUGUGAGAAGUCUAAUUACUAUGCGAGAAACGUCUGUAACGCAUCCCUAAAAGGCCACUGUAUGCAGGCAUCAUUAAGUCUGUCGGAUCUCAUUAUUCAACUGCGAAUCUCAUCUGUUCCUCGAUAUCUCCACGUCAUUGCCGGCCGCUGUGUCAAUCUUUCAUGGUGGUUAUGAAGUUAAGGUUUAUGGGGCCAUUGAGAGAGUUUGCCACGUGGGACACUCCGGCUGGAGGGAUUAUGCCUUAUAUCCCCACAGGAAUUAUGUGAACCCUUUCUAUACAGCCGUCAAGCUCGUUUUCGAGCCCAUAGAGCGGAGUGGAGAUGAGGGCUCCGUGCCAUCCACGCCAUUCGAGAUUAAUGAAUGGACAUCUGGGGCACGCGAGUCGUGAACAUAUUGCGAUUACUCGACGUACGCGGCACUUUUGUUUGCCCAUUGAAGCAAAAGUACACAGCGCUUGCUUCGUAUCUAGACCCUACACGCGUCAUCUUCCCAUGUGGUCUAGGCCGCGCACGCGUCGGACACCUUGCGUGGCGGCGAAGUGCGCCGUCGUAUAGUACACUGGCGGAUAGCCUGUUUGCUCGGCUACGUGCCCUUUUUUACAGUCAGAACAUGUGUUACUGUCGAUAUCUCUAGAGUGUCGGUCGUGUCGAGCUUUGUUUAGUUAAGCCGGCCGAAGAUGAACAAGGAAUGCGCGCGUCCAGCCCAAGGGGUGGACUUUCAGAAUCAUUUAAAUACCUUACCGUAGCACUACAUAGAUUCUGAAGAUGUUGAGCAAUGAUAUUCGUUAGCUAUGGACCGUCUCCCACUGCCGCCUCGUUGUCGACUAGCAGCCUCUUUAGGAUUGGUCUCCGAGCGAAACUGGGGUCAACUGGGGGUCAACCUUUUGGAGAAAGUGCCCGUUCCAAACUAUUUUUAGCAGUUCUCUAGUUCACAAGUCUUCGCGGUCGUAUUUUUCCCCAAAACAAUUUGACCACUUUAUAAUUAAAUUGCUUAGGAUGGAAAACCAGUUCGACGAUUAUUAUGUGCAGACCAUUUAAAGAUAUUAUAUCAGGAAGUCCUAGAGGCAAAGUGGUCACUCUAAUCGUGUGCACAAUCAUGAAGAUCUGUUCAAGUCAACUAAAGACUCCUUUACUUGUUUUAAUAAUUACCGCAAAAUUAGGAAAUUUUAUUGGAUACAUUUUCGACGCCGAUUCCCCAGAUCUUUGUCGGACGUUGAGUAAAUUUACAAAUAAACAGUUGGAAUUUCAAACAUGCACAAAAAUCGAUAUUUGUUCGGCGUUUGUGCCAGAAAGCGGCCCCUGUUUGCGUCAUUUUACAUUGAUUAGUUCUCAUCCUUUCUACUUUUCCCUCAGAUUUUCGCACACGGCAGCUAACUCUAUGUGCUGACUAAUGCACUUUUUAUCUGAGCUCAUGAAUUCGAGGAAUCGGCCUUUUUUGGAAUGGCAGACGUCGACGAUACGAAUUUUGUCUCAGGCGAAGGUGUGUGUUCGGUAUCUAGGGUAUGCAUGGCCACAGAUGGUCUCGCAUCAUAACUACCAGUUGAUGCUCGUGGAUGCGUUUAAAGGUGGAUUUUCCCGAUUGUCCACAAUAUACUUCAUCGCAGGCAUCGCAUGGAAUCUUGUAGGAGAUUGCCAUCAGGAUAGCCAAUCCUUUCCUGUGGGUGUACAAUCUGAAUGCGUAAAGUAGUAGUCAGUCCGCUUUAUCAAGCAAUUACGCUGCCUCCAAAGUCCUGGGCUGAGGAAACAACCGCUUCUUUCUGGAAGCUUUUGUCUUCAAUAAAAGUGCUUGUACGUAUUCUAUCAGAAGUCUGAGUGAGGGCUCGCAUUUUAUGCAACUUUUUAAUGCACUGUCAAUUUCUAACCCGAAAUACUUAAGUAGAUAGACCUUUUCCCCACCAUUCUCCGAAAACGGGUAUCAACUGAAAGCCACAAAUUUGUUUUAUCGAUUUCCUACAGCCACAUGAUGCGACUUCGACAGCUUGCCCCACCAAUGUGUUUCCCAUGUGAAUGUGGGGUUAUUCAAUUUUUGCAGAUGGUGGUUGAUGUUUUGUCGCGAAUUACUAUUGAACUUCUGGUUCAAUUCUCGAAACGAGGAGUGUAAAGUGUCACAUCAAUGUUCAUUCAAUCGUCUGUUUGGUUGUUACAUGGUUCAGUGUCAACUUUGUGUUCUGUGAACUGUUACUGUAUGCUUGAAUUAUUGAAAUUGUAAAAUCACCUUAUUACUUGGAUUAUGUUAGUUUUUUCCAUCCACCGCGUCUUCGAUACGCCAGUUAAUACGAGAUGCCUCACUUUUGCAGAAAUUCCUUACAAAAGUUUGCAAUGCAUGGCCUCGCAUCGGGUACAUAUCCCAUUGAGUAGUUCGCGUCACUGACGGUCCCGACCCCGCAGGCAUCAGUUAUUAAGUAUCACUGUUUGUUUUCCUCAGAUGGGAAUCCACUGCUCGGAGCCGUCUGGGGCGAUCGUGCCGCCGGACCCUUUAACUUUAUGCAUUCCGGUUACGGCGUGGGAGCCGCCUUGGCACCACUCAUCCUGGCACCGUUCACUUUCGACGCGAAUUUCACCGUCCCCAACUCCAUUUCCGGUGCUUCGAACUCCAACGUCACCGCCGGUAAAAGUGAUCUGGUGCUUAUGCUACCACCUUGCAGCAUCAUUGCUGGAAUGUGUCUCCUCUCAGGUCUCUUCUUCGCCGUUCUUCACUGCACUCAGCGCUGUGAACGCCCAACUCCUGUGGUCAGUUAACAUAUUAUUUAACAAUAAAUGUCUACUCAGAUGCACUCAGUAGCCAUGACGCACGUAUUUUCGCAUAUGACAGGUCUGUUAAAUGCUUCAGAAGUAUCAGAAUCGCUUCGUUGGCAGCAAUACAUCGGGCGGCCCUCUCAAAUGCAAUGGAAAAGUAGGAUAGUGGCAUUACCUAGGCGCUUGGAUAUUGUAUGCGUUAACUGGGACGUGUACUGGACAAAUCUCCUACUGGACUUUGGCAGAGUCGCUCGACCAAGUCCUUCAACAUGUCUUCACCUACAAAAUGAUACUAUGAAUUCCUAGUUCCCUUAUUUUUUUACUACUGGAUUGUUACGAUUCAUUAUUGCUAUAGUGUGUGUUUAUAAUUGUGCGGACAAGUAAUUGCAAACUAGGAUUCUAUUUUGCCUAAUCUUAGCGUUAAUGCACGGUAUAAGAAGACUUGUGAUCGCGUUGUUACAUUGCGCUUUGGGAAUCAUGUUGAGUGAGAUAUUUUACUCAGCAUGUUGUCAUGCCAAGACAGAUAGUGCAAGCAGUUAAAAUUGGAGCACUGAAUGACCAAAGUCUGUUAACUGCUACGCAUGAAUGCCAGUUUGUUAGCUCCUCGUACAUCAAGGGGGUGGUUGUCUUCUGUAUGCUCAUAAGCCUAAGUGUACACGAUUUACUCUAUUUACUGAAUCGAUUUCAGUAGAAAGUAUAUAAUUGUGUUUCAUACUCCGCUCCAUCCAUACAGACUCGGCCCUCGAGUUCUGGUCAUACCGGAGCCGGCGACGCAGCGGAGGCCGUUUCACUCAACGACCCCCCUCUCUCCACGUCCUUCGGCUCUCGCCUACGUCGCAGCUUUGACUUUAUACUCGCCCAGAGAGCUUCCUUCGUGUUGAUUCCCUCCAUUUUUGCACUGUAUUUUGCAUUGGUUGGCAAUGAGCGCGUCUUCUCCAAGUAUGCCUUCGUGGCGGCAGUCUACGGCCCUGCGCGUCUCACAUCGAGAGACUCCUACCUUCUCGUGACCUCUUACUGGAUCUCCUUUAGUAUGGCUCGUGUGACCACCUUCCUAGUCAGUCUUUUAGUGCCGAUUAGGUGGCUCUUUCUGCUCCAGUUGGUAGGCACCUGGGGAAUGUCUCUAGGCCUGGUAUUCGCGCCACCUGACCGACCCUACAUCUUCGCGUUGACAGUCCUUUUUGGCCUCUUCAAAAGCCCACUCUUCCCGUCCGGCUUGAGUGUCAUCAAUGAGGCAGCCGAGGUGUCCGGUUUCAUUGUCUUUUUUGUCAAUCUUGGUAGCUCCAUUGGCGCCAGUUGUAUGCAGUACCUUGCCAGCUAUCUCAUUCACAUCUACAGUCCUGAUGUUUUCCCUAUGAUAGUCAUGGUGACUGCCCUUGUUCUCCUCGUUAUUGGCAUUUCGCUGUUGGUAGUUGUACGCAUCGUCAGGCGCCGAAACGGUCGGGCAAGUUUGACCGUCCUGGAGCCCGAUAAUACUCUGGAACCAGAACUGUAA